UUCCGACUAUCUGUCAAACAGUUUUCAUUCAUCGUGUGUUGAAAUGAUCACAACUUGAAAGUAUUGUUUGUUACCUAUUGAAUUACUAUUAUUUCUGAUAAUAUCUGCGCAGUGUGUGUCGUACUGUGCAGGAGACAUCAGUUCCUAUACCGCGCUAUGAAAACGAACAAAGCGGUUGAAAAUGUGGAGAUCACACCAUCUAAAAAGAAACUGACACAGGCUCGCUUGCCUUUCAAGCUUAUUAGCGAAGAUGCUUCAACCCCGGUGGCUCCUCCCACGAGGAAAAGGAAGCUCUCUGUCGACGGAACCGAACCAGCCCCUAAGGGUAAGAUCUGCAAGGAGAAUAACGAAAUUGACGACAUGGUAGUUAUUAGUGAUGACGAGUGUAAAGAGAAACUGGAAAAGGAGGCGAAGGUGAUGAAUCCGUUCGUUAAGCUCGUCGAUAACGCUUGGAAAAAGAAGUUACAAAAAGCAAAGUCUCCUAAAAAACGUAAAAGUAGGAAAAGUACUUCAAAACGGAUUGAAUCCACUGAAAACAAAAGUGAAACGGAGCAAGGUGAUGCCGAGGAUGUUGAAAUGAUGGAAUUAGACACUGAGGAGCAAACUGGAAACAAACAGAAAUCUCCUAAGGCAAGUUCUAAAUCUAAAAAAGUUGAAAUAGAGAAAGAAAACAAAGCUGCUGAUGAUCUGAAUGAUGUUGUGGAACUUGAGGACUCAAAUGACGGUUCUGACGUUCAAAAACCAAAUGAAACAGAAAAAGAACCAGAUACCAACGCUGAAGUCAAAGAAACAUCUCCGGUAACUCCUAGAUCUUCAAGAAGAUCAAAGGCCAACACAGACACAGAAAAAUCAAAUGAAUCUGAAGAAGCUCCAAAGACCCCCGUCCGCAAAGCUAAGGACAAGGCCAACACAUCAUUACCGGCCAAUGAGUCUGUCUCCAGCCCGUCGACCCCGAAACGCAACAGCAGGAGUUCUUCUGUCACAAACAGCCUCAAUGAUUCAGUCAGCGAAUCUGCCAGCACACCAGCGGCUAACUUAACUCCAAAACAGAUGCAAAAGAAAUUAGAAUCAGCUAAGAAGCGGGAAGAGCGGGAGAAAGAAAAGCAGGAACGUGAAAAGAAGCGACAGGAGGAAAAGGAAGAAAAGGCCAGACAGAGACAGGAGAAGGAAGAUGCCAAGAAGAGGGAGAGAGAGGAAAAGGAGGAGCAGAAACGAAAGGAAAAGGAAGAGAAAGAGAAACAGAAGGAGCAGGAAAAGAAAUUAAGGGAGGAAAAGGAAGAACAAAAGAAAAAAGAACGGGAAGAAAAAGAAGAACAAAGACGCAAAGAGAAGGAGGAGAAAGAAGAACAGAGACGCAAAGAAAAGGAGGCCAGAGAGGAGGAAAAACGCAAGAAACAGGAAGCGCUAGAACUUGAGAAACAGGAACAGGAGCUUAAGAAGAAAAAAGCAGCAGAGGCGUUUGUUAACUUCUUUGUACCAAAACAGAAGGAAAAAGAGCCUAAAGCUGUAGUUAGCCAGAACAGUAUUCUAUCUAGUUUUACUAUAAAAGCCGAUAUGAGAUUGGCUCCGUUCAUUCGAGUGGAACUCUCUGAUAUGCAGAAAAAAGAUAUGGAUGAGUUAAUGAGUGAUCAAAAGUCGGGUGAAAAGGAUCUUUAUUUGAAGAACUUGAAGAAGGAAGGUGUUAAAACAGGGUUUAGCGGGAAGACUUGGCCGCUGACUGAUAAAGAAGAUGAUGAUGUUAUGAUUAUUGAGGACGAGUUGCCACCAAUAGAGGGCGCUGACGAAAUACUGGCUUGCGAGGAAGCCACGCGGGAAAAGCUUCGUCCGAAGCUGUUCAGCUUCCAUGAGAAUAAGAGACCGCCUUAUUGGGGCACUUGGAGAAAGAAGAGCGCCUUCGUCACAGCUAGGAGACCUUUCGGACAGGAGAAACAACUAGACUAUGACGUAGAUAGCGACGAAGAUUGGGAGGAAGAACAAGAAGGCGAGAGCCUCGACGGCAGCGUGGCCGGCGACGACGACGAGCCUGAUGACGACUACGAGGUCGACAACGAGGUGUUCGUGCCCCAUGGAUACCUCAGCGACGAGGAAGCUACAAUGGACGAGGAAGAAGACAAAGACAACGUCCUAUCCCUUUCCCCCGAAACGCAAAAGGCGCGGCUCAAAAACCUAGAAGACGAAUUCGAGUCCGAAAUGAAAAAACCUACAGAAAAACUCAAACCUCGACUCUAUGGUCUAAUAUGGGAAACUAAAGAUGGCGGCAAACCGGAAAAAUGCAUCGACGCUCUAUGGAAUUACUUCGGAAAAUUGUCUAUGAUCAUGGACGACGCACUUAUUGACAGUUUGUUACAGCCACCGUCUGAGCCACAGGAGCCAGAAAAGAAAAAAGUUAAAAAGAAAAAAUUAGCCGAAGGAGAGCAACAGAGCCCUAAAAGUGAUAAGAAGAAAAAGGCCAAACCAGAAAACAAAGAAACUAAGAGAGCUAAGGCUGAGCCGAAGCAGGAAACUAAGAAAAAUCAGCCCGGUAUUAACUCGUUUUUAACUAAAUUAAAAUCUACGUAAAAUUUUUGAGUGAAUCUGAAUGUGACCAGGGAUUAGUAAAUAAAGACUGUUGUUCAUUGCACACAGUGACAUUCAUAUUUGAA